AGCUGCUGCGGCUCUUGUUCUGCCUGAGCGUCCGUUCCCCAGUUUUUCCCUCCGGCUCCAUCCCCUGAAACUCUGCCCAGCAUGAGCUCCUCUCCGCUGGUGUCCCGAGCUAACAUGGACAUCCUGGAUGAGCUGCAGCUGAUCGCAGCCCAGAACCUGGAGAGGCUGGAGGUCAACAAGUACUACGAGGUGAUCAGGGAGCUGGGCAAAGGCACCUAUGGCAAGGUGGACCUGGUCAUCCACAAGAUCAGAGGCACGAAAAUGGCUCUGAAGUUCCUGAAGAAGAAAACAACCAAGCUGAAGUCGUUUGUGCGGGAGUACAGCAUCUCGCUCUACCUGUCUCCCUGCCCCUUCAUCAUCAACAUGUUCGGCAUUGCCUUUGAAACCGACGAGUACUUUGUGUUCGCGCAGGAGUACGCUCUGGCAGGAGACCUCUUCGAUAUCAUUCCUCCACAGGUUGGUCUUCCUGAGGCAGUGGCAAAGCGCUGCGUGCACCAAGUAGCCAUCGCUCUGGACUACCUGCACUGUAAGAAGCUGGUCCACAGGGACAUCAAGCCCGAAAACAUCCUCAUUUUCGACAGAGAGUGCCGCAAGGUCAAGCUUUCCGACUUUGGCAUGACCCGCCGGGCUGGCUCGCCUGUGAAAAGAGUGAGCGGUACCAUCCCCUACACGGCCCCGGAACUCUGCGAUGUGUCCCGCCACGAGGGCUUCUGCGUGGACUACAGCACUGACGUCUGGGCCUUCGGCGUGCUGCUGUUCUGCAUGCUGACCGGCAACUUCCCCUGGGAGAAGGCGCUGCCCUCUGACUCCUUCUACCAGGAGUUCAUCCGCUGGCAGAGGAGGAGGACGAACACGGUGCCGUCACAGUGGAGGCGCUUCACCGAGCAGGCCCUCCGCAUGUUCCGCCGGCUGCUCUCCGUGGAGCAGGACCGCCGCUGCUCUGUCAAGGAGGUGUUCGGCUACUUCAGCCACUCCUGGAUGCUGGAUACGGAGAACAACAACAACAACGGCAACAGCAACACAGGAGGCGGAGGCGGCGGAGAGAGGGUUGGCGGUGGAGGAGGAGGAGGAGGAGGCGUGCAAGGCGAGGUGAACGGCACCAUCUCAUCGUCGUCGUCUGGGGAGGAGGAUGAGGAGCUGCUGGUGGAGCGGAUGAAGCAGCAGACUUUGUCCCCUCUCUCUCCCAUGUCUCCUGCGGCGGUGGAGCGGGGGAGCGGCGGCGGGGCCAAGGGCGGGAUGAUGGAGCAGGUCAACGGCCACCAUUUCGUGCCCGUCUCCACCAACAGUUCAGUGUCGUCCACCAACAGUUACGAUCGAAUGCCGCGGGAGAGCAGUUCCCCGGGCAGCCGCAUGCUGGUGGCGACGCCCAUAGAGAUCUGCGUGUGAGCGCGUCGGAUAGUUACCGCCACAGACUCACCACACGUUUAUACCUCCCAUCCACCCACAUAGACGUGCAUGCCUGGAAGACAAAACAAUCAGACGUACACAUGUCCUGUUUUAAACGCCCUGAGAACGGCACAGCACAGAAAGACUUUGUCAAGUGCGUACAUCGCUCAUGAGGUAAAAAAAACCCCAACAACUUCGGAUUCAAUGACGAGUGCGAAUAAAGUUUUUUUGAAACCCAGAGAAGAAAUGAGAAAUAGCUUCCAUUAGAGAUUCUGUCACAUCAGAGAAGAAGACCAAAAUGUAUUUCUUAAAGCAAUACUUCCAGCAAAAAAUACAUGGAAUCAAAAAUAUUGAAGACAGAGAGCGGCAGAGCGCUGGGUGAAAUCUUCAAGACGUCAAAGACUUUGUAUUUUUGAAGAGUUCAAGGAAUCACCCUGUAAGAU